UGCUUGGAGUCGGAGUCACAGCUCGAUCUCUACUCAGGCCGUCCGGGAGCUGCAGCUUGAGCGCGGUGGUUCCCUCAGCCUGCCUCCUCGGCUUCCUCAGUCUGGUGCCUUGGGAUUUGUGUCGCUGACUCAGCAAGCCCUUCAAAUUUGCCCGGUUCUUGUUGUUUGUGUUUCAUAUCAAGAUGGGAACUUAAACAAGUUAUUCCUCCUAAAGAUCUGGUGUCUGCAUCAGAAGGGAUGGUUUGUUGCCAGCUCUCCGAAGAGACAAGGAAACGUUUGCUGUACCCAUCCCACCCACCCCACCCCAUAGGCAAUAGUGGCAUCUGGGGUAACCCAGAGAGUGUGUCCCAGCCACUCCGUGGGACUGCCAGUGGUUUCCAGUGCUGAGGAUGGAUCCCGGGGCCUCCUGUUAGGUCUGCAGGAGGUGCCAGGCGAUGAACCCAAGGCUGCAGCCAACUGUGGUGUGAAGCCAUCUGGGAAAGCAGAGGAAGUCCUGGGGAAGAUGGCCAUGGCCCCAGGCCCUUCUCUGGCUCAAGUGUACUCCAGCCCUGUGGCAGUGGCUGUGUGGGAAUGGCAGGAUGGGCUGAACACCUGGCAUCCCUACAGUGCCACCGUGUGCAGCUACAUUGAGCAGCAGUUUGUCCAGCAGAAGGGUCAGCGCUUCGGGCUGGGCAGCCAGGCACACAGCAUUCCCUUAGGCCAAGCUGAUCCCUCUCUGGCCCCAUACAUCAUCGACCUCCCUAGCUGGACCCAGUUUCGCCAGGACACCGGUACCAUGCGGGCCGUGCGCAGGCUCCUGCUCUCACAGCAUUCGGCCACGGGCCGGGGUAUCGUCUGGGAGUGGCAGGGCGAUGACGGCUCCUGGACGGCCUAUGAAGCUUACGUCUCUGACUACUUGGAGCAGCAGAUGGCCAGGGGCAUCCAGCUUGUGGACUUGGCUCCUCUGGGGUACAACUAUACCGUCAACUAUGCCACCCGCACGCAAACCAACAAGACUUCCAGCUUCUGCCGGAGUGUUCGUCGCCAGAUAGGCCCACCUUACCCGGUGACCACUGUCAUCGCUCUACCAGGCCACACAGGAGUCGCCUGCUCUUGCCAACAGUGCCUCCAAGGCAGCGGAUCUGGCCCUAUGUCAGGCCGCUACCGCCACUCCAUGACCAACCUCCCUGCGUACCCCACCCCUCAGGCUUCCCACAGGACCACUGUCAUCUUUGGGGUCCACCAGGGCUUUGCCCCAUACCACAAACCUUCGCUCUCUGGGGCCAGAUCUGCACCGAAGCUCAACACCACCAACCCCUGGGGUGGGGCCCCUCAAGCCCUGGGGAGCCAACCCCUCUUCCACUCAAGCCUGUCCCACGUGGGACCACAGCUCCUGCCCCCUGGACCAACCACUUCCAGUGGAGCCAGUGCCUCCUUCCCCAGCGGCCCCUCCAGCAACCUUGGAAGCUUCCCUACCAUUGUGCCCGUGCAGAUGCCAAAGCCUAGCAGGGUCCAGCAGGCACUCGCAGGCAUGACAAGUGUGCUGAUGUCAGCUAUUGGACUCCCCGUGUGUCUUAGCCGCGCACCCCAGCCCGCCAGCCCUCCCGCCUCCCGCCUGGCCUCUAAAAGUCACAGCUCAGUUAAGAAACUAAGGAAAAUGUCCGUGAAAGGGGGCGCUCCAAAACGUGAGCCAGAACAGGUGAUCAGAAAAUACACUGAGGAGCUGAAGACCCCUCCGGAUGAGGACUGCAUGAUCUGCAUGGAGAAGCUGUCUGUGGUUUCUGGGUACAGUGACGUGACCGACAGCAAGACCCUUGGGCCUGUGGCCGUGGGCCGCCUCUCCAAGUGCAGCCACGCCUUCCACCUGCUGUGCCUGCUGGCCAUGUACUGCAACGGGAACAAGGAUGGCAGUCUGCAAUGUCCCUCCUGCAAAACUAUCUAUGGGGAGAAAACUGGCACCCAACCCCAGGGGACGAUGGAUGUGUCCAGGUUCCAGAUGCCACUCCCUGGCCACGAGGACUGUGGGACGAUAGUCAUAGUUUACUCCAUUCCCCAUGGCAUCCAGGGUCCUGAACACCCCAACCCUGGGAAGCCAUUCACUGCCAGAGGGUUCCCUCGCCAGUGCUACCUCCCAGACAACGCCCAGGGCCGCAAGGUUCUGGAGCUCCUGAGGGUCGCCUGGAAGAGGCGGCUCAUCUUCACAAUCGGGACAUCCAGCACCACAGGCGAGACAGACACAGUGGUGUGGAAUGAGAUCCACCACAAGACAGAGAUGGACCGCAACGUGACAGGCCACGGCUACCCCGACCCCAACUACCUGCAGAAUGUGCUGGCCGAGCUGGCCGCACAAGGGGUGACCGAGGACUGCCUGGAGCAGCAAUGACCACAGCACCCCAAGGCUGCCCCUGCUGGAAGGUGCUUUUCCUGAGACUCUGGAACGCAGGUCGAGGGCAGCUCCCAAAGCCGGCUCUGCUUGCCUCUCCUGCUCCCCUCAGGCAGGGAUCUCUGGGCGCUAGGCAGCCCUGGGAGGAGGACUUGGGGGCCUUAGGAUGCAGCUACCUCAUCAGGGACGGCCAUGUCCUUAAGGCUGCUCUGGGCCCCCGCACGAGGCCUGGCAGGAGAGGGGUCGGUCCUCCCCAGCCAGGUGGGUGCAGGCCCUGGGCCCACUUCUUAUACCUCACAGUUUGUUUGCAAUAAAGGCCUUGUAGCCAGUUCGCAGG